AUGGUAUAUACAGUCCCUCUCAUCGUUUUCAUGGACGACGUCUCCGGUAACAUAUCCAAACAGUGGAAUAAACACCACGCAAUUUACAUGUCGAACGCAAAUUUACCACGUGAGAUGUUGGAGAAGGAAUUUUUUGUGCGCUUCGUCACAUCUUCGCCCAAUGCCACUCCGAUGGAACUAAUGCGGGCAAUGAAACAGUCGAUUUCGUUUGUUGUGAUGCAGCUACAUCCGGCAUCGGGGGAUAAUCCCAUGCAGGCAGAGGAAUGCAGCCACGCAGGCUUAAACUGCAAUUAUUUCUGUCGGACGUGCGAUGCUGGCGGAACGAAAGAAUUCAAGGCGUCCGAAGAUGGUUACAGUAGCCUGUUCACGUCGGGAAAUCUGCGAACACCAGAAGGCACUGCAGCGAACAUCCGACAGCAGUUUGAGAUGGCUUUGAAGUCUGGUGCAACAGAGAAAAUCAAGAACUCAGUAUCGACAACAGGUAUUCGUGAUUCGGCCUCCAUCUCCAUCAUCAACACCCUCGUGGAACUUGGGAAGAAACUUCGAAAACGAGCAGCUGGUACUCAAGCAAUGUCCGAAGCUGACGUCACAGCUGCACUGGAGAAAGAAUUUGAGGAACUUCUGCGAGGCAACACGAUCGACGACACCAUCAACCCAUUGUUGGGGAUGGAUGGCCUCAAUAUGCACAUGGACACGCCAACAGAAAUUUUGCACACAGUGCUACUUGGGGUUGUCAAAUAUUUUUGGGGACAAACGGUAUUUUUACUUGAAAAAGCAAAGCUCAUGGACAUCUUUCAGACUCGUCUCCAUUCUGUUGAUACUGACGGACUGAAUGCUCCGUGCCUCGGUGCAGACUACAUCUGCCAUUAUAAAGGCAGCCUGAUUGGAAAACAUUUCAAGAGUUUGGCGCAAGUGAUGCCAUUUUUAAUUUAUGACCUCGUACCUUCAACUGUUCUCGAUGCAUGGACUAUCAUUGGAGAGCUUAUCGUGCUCGUAUGGCACACCAACAUAUUGAAUACAGAAGCUUAUCUUGUAAGUUCAUACACAAAUGUAGAUUCUAGGUCUCAUGCUGACUCGAGUCUUUCAGGCGAAGUUAUCUCGAACGAUCCAGGACUUCCUUAA